CAGUGGGUACCUAGAUAUUGGUUAUGGUCUAGGUUAAAAAUUUAUUAAUUAACAAUUUAUCUAAAGCACUAAGAAAAUACUUAAAAUAUCUGUUACAACACCUAUUACUUUGUUUUUUAUUUCCUGAUAGUAUACCUCCUGUGAAGACUGAUCAAAAUGCCCGUAAGAAGAGCUACCCAUGCAGGAAGUUGGUAUAGUGACUCGGGGGCGGAAUUGACAAGACAAUUGGACUACUGGUUGAAUCAAGCUGACCUAACCCAUGGCCCUGCAAGAGCGAUUAUAGCUCCUCACGCUGGAUAUCAGUAUUGUGGUGCUUGUGGAGGAUAUGCUUAUAGACAGAUUAGUCCAGUAGUUGUGAGACGAAUAUUUAUCUUAGGACCAUCUCACCACGUCCGUUUGUCAGGCUGUGCCUUGUCUAGUACCCAGAAAUACAAAACUCCUCUUUAUGAUCUGCACAUAGACAUAUCCGUUAAUAAUGAAUUAGAAAUGACCGGUCAAUUUGAAUGGAUGGAUUUAGACACUGAUGAAAAUGAACACAGUAUUGAAAUGCAUUUACCAUAUGUUGCUAAAGUUAUGGAGAAUUAUAAAGAUCAAUUUACGAUUGUUCCUAUUCUUGUUGGAUCUCUUAGUCCUGAUAAGGAAGCGACUUACGGAAGAAUUCUAUCGAGUUACUUGGCGGAUCCUAAGAAUUUAUUUAUUAUCUCUUCAGAUUUCUGCCAUUGGGGGCACAGAUUCCGAUACACUUAUUACGAUCGUUCAUUUGAAAAUAUUUACCAAUCUAUUGAAAGUUUAGAUAGAGUUGGAAUGAAUAUCAUUGAGAACUUAAACCCGUCAGAGUUUACAAACUAUUUAAAGAAAUAUGGCAACACCAUCUGUGGAAGACAUCCGAUCGGAAUACUCUUACAUGCUAUUCAGGAAAUUCUUAAAAACGAUUCUAGUCAGAACGCUAGUCUGAAGUUUUUAAAAUAUGCUCAGUCGAGUCAGUGUCGCAAUAUAAACGAUUCAUCUGUGAGUUAUGCAUCCGCAGCUUUAGUUAUAGAUUAGAACUGAUGUGGCCUUAACGUUGACUUUUUAUACAGUAAAACUGCAGAUUAAAUGACUGAUUAAAUUUGAUAUGGGAAAUGUAGUGUGUAAAGUUUAUAGAAUUGUAAAUGUGGUUGUUUAUAUCGUCAGAUUUGACUUGCGAAUGGAAAAUUUUAUAUAAAAAGUUUAAAUAAUUUUAUACUAUUUUUAUUGUGUUAAGAGUUUAUUGUUUCGGUUAUCAAGAAAUUAUUGUUGUUUAAAUAUCUAUUAAGUUGUAAAUAACACAAAAGAUUAAAUUUAUUUAUAAUUAAUAAAUCACUAAUCCUAAGCUUUUGGAAACUACUAACAAUUUUAUUUUAUUCAUUUAUUUCAAGUAUAUAGACAGACUAUGUAUAAAAUCAAAUUUAGUUUUUUAUAUAUCUAU